AUGCUGCACGAACUACCUACUGAGAUCGCUCUCUACAUAGCAUCCUAUCUCACAUUACAAUCUCUCCGCAACGUCUCGCUCGUGUCCAGAAAAUGGCACAGUAUAAUCACAGACAACGCCCAGGCAGUUUACCGCAACGCAGCCAUCUUACAUCGCUUCAUCCUCUAUGCCGAUCUUCAGGCUGAUUCUUCUGGUCAAACAUCAGAUACAAAGCAAAUAGACUGGUCGCAAUUCUGUCAGAGACGAUCGCAGAUCGAGAGGGGUUGGCGAGGCAAGGCUCCGUUCAUCGCGAGAGAACUCAAUUCCACCGGCAAAUUCGUCCAUCGAAUAAAGGUCGACCAGAAGGAGAAAAUCGUGAUGACCACCCGCCACACUGGAGGCCUCUCCGUGACCGAUUAUAACACUGAUCGCGUACUUUGGGCAACAGCCCACGUGGUUGAUUACGCUCACUGCGAAUAUGACCAUGGCUACAUCAUCUUCAACAGUCAAGACGAUAGCAAGGAAGUAUGGCGCUACGCCCGUGACUUCCAAGACUCCCAGAUCCCAGAGGACUUCAAACCUGACGAUUCCAUGGUCGAAGCAUCGCGCGAAGCCGCUCAGCGUCAUGCUUCCCCAACAAAUCGUGGUCAUUUUAGACCAUGGGCUCUCCUCCACAUGCCAGAGUCCACUCGUGCAUUCCGCUUCUCGUACCCGACCCUGCUUUCGGCUGGCGCGAAUAACGCUUAUUUGUGGGACGUGCCGACUUCUCGUCUUGUUGAAACGAUCAGCAAUAUUCAGGCGCCCAAUCAAGAUGGCAUACUAGGGUCCAUCUGCUACGUUGAAGUCAACGACCAAUACGCUUUCUUCUGCGGGUCCAAUCAACUACGCAUUUUUGCAAGGGGCGGUGGUGCCUUGGUCUAUCAUCUGUGCAUGAAAGAUUUGCAGCGCAUCACUUGGGAUGUGCUUCCAGAUAACAGCGAUGAGCCGUGCCCUUCAUCGUUCUUCCAGCCCCAACGACUUCACGAGGCAUAUCACGUCUGUUCCACAUCUCGGAGCAACUUUGUUGCGGCCCAUGUAUCCUCCUCGGGAAAGGACAUCGCGGUCCUCACCGCAUCAGGUAUUUUCAUUUGGAUCCCGGGCUUUGAACGACUGUUCCAUCGCGAGGCCACGCUUGACGGCAUAGCAACCCUCCUCAAUUUCAACGCCUCCCGAGACAACGUCCGAGAUAUCUCCAUCUAUCUAGCCCUUGGAGAAUCGAACGAAAAGGCUGCGAUCGGAACUCGUAAGGGUCUGUUUAUCGUAUCCCUAGACCCUGAAAUCAGCAAGUUAACUGCGGAGGCUCCUCCUCGCCCUGGCCUAUCCGUAUGUCGAGUAGCAAAAUACGACAACAGCCGAUACCUAUCCUCCAUCACAUGUCUACAAAUGACAGACACCGAGAUCUUUUUCAACUGGUACCCGUCUUCAGAGCAAAGCAGGCCCACUCAGCAUACCCAGCGCAUGAUGGUGAUCCCGCCUCCGCCUCAGCACGGGCAUCUUCAGGUGCCUAUUCACAUUGUGCCGUCGCCUCAACCUCAACCCCAGCAUGCAAAUCAGGUUCAGGCACCUGUUCAACCUGUGCCAGUUUUCGGCAUGGAGGGGCAGAAUGAUUAUCCGCCUGGGCUUGAUCCUAUUGAGUCUAGUGAUGACGAUGAGAUGGGGGAAGAUGCAGCCCCUGACCCGCCUUCUCCUACUAACGCCGAGGAAGCUGGUCCGCCCCCACUGGCCGAAACGCACGAAGAGGGGGAUGAGGAUGAGGGAGACGAAGUUGAUGGAGGGAAUUUCGUAGAGAACGCAGACGAUUUUGAGAUGGACUCCGAAGUGGAGGAUGACAUGGAUGAUGAAUUUCAGGUCGGUGGUGAUGGUAAGCACUUGUCGUGUUAA